UGAGUGGGUAAUUCCUAAAAUGUAAAGUCACGUUUCGUCUUUGAGUCGUUGGUUGGGUUGUCAGCCUCAUCCAUCUCUCACCCUCUCAGGUCCAUGGGAAAAAAAAACAAGAUGAGAAAUCACACCUCUUCGUCCCCUAUUUAACAUCCCUAUUUCACUGCUCCUUUCUCCAUCACUGUCUCCUCACAAAUCUCUCUCUUCAGUUACUUACAGCAAACCCCAAACUCCCUCCCUUCUUCUUCUCCCUACCACUAUGGUUGGUUCCUCUGCCAAGACGAGACCUUCUCUGAGCCGCUUUGCGAAGAAGGUUACUCCUGCUAAGGAGUACGACGAAGGGUUGGUCGGCUCGAGAAUCAGAAUCUGGUGGCCAAUCGACAGGACCUUCUAUGAAGGAGUGGUGGAUGCUUAUGUCACUUCUAAGAAGAAACAUCGGGUUUUGUACGUUGAUGGGGAUGUGGAAUACUUGGAUAUGAAGAAGGAGAGAUGGCAGUUGAUUGAAGAAAGUGAAACCGAAACUGAUGAGGAUGAAUCUGCUGAUGAGAGUUCCGUGGCUACAACGGAACCAAAGCUCAAGUCUCCGAAGCGUGUAGCUGAGAGAAAUGGCAAAAUGAGUGAGAUUGGUGGGAAGAUUGUAGCAGCGGCCUCUCGCAUGAGUGGGAGAUUCCAAAGCAAGGAGAAUGGGCAUGAAAAAGAGACACCUAAGGCUUUGAGAUCCAGCAAGGGGGCUCCUGUAGCAAAGAACCCAAAACUGAAAAGGCCCUCAUCUUCAUCAAGGGCUGCCUAUGCCAAAGUGAAAAAACCGAGGACUACCUCGAAGAAGAUUGAGAGCAGCUCCUCUGAUGAUGAGGAAGAUCGUGAAGAUGAUGAUGAGGAAGGUCGUGAUGAUGAUGAGGCGAAGCCCAUGCCCUUAAAAUCCAGCAAGAAGGUUUCUGAAGCUGUCUCUGAGGAUGAUGAUGAUGCUGAAAAUGAGACAUCUGAUGAUGAUGAUGAUGCUGAAAAUGAGACAUCUGAUGAUGAGAAUGGUCAGGAAAAAGUGAUACCAAAGACCUUGAGGUCUGGCAAGAAGGUUGCUGAAACAAACAACCGAAAGGAGAAAAGGCUGUCAGCUGCAUCAAACUCUGACACUGGGAAAGGGAAAAAGCUGAAGACUUCUUCCAAAAAGACCAAGAGUAACAGUUCUGCUGAUGAAGCUGUUGGCGAUGCUGAUGAUGAUACAACUGAUGAGGAGAAAGAGGCAGGAGAAGAAGCAGAAAAGGAAGAAGAAUCUUCUUAGCCGUAGGCAAAAAGAAGUAACAAAGACUAGGGUGUCUCUCUAAGUGCAGCUACCGUAGUAGACAGUUACAGCUUUAGGAAACCAUUAUUGCUUUUUAAUUUCUACAGUGAAUUCUUGUUUUCGGAAAUUUAGGGUUGGAGGCUAUAUAUGUUGCUUGCAAAAUGUGUAGCCAAACUCAUUGGGGUGGGAAAGCUAAUCAUUUUAAACUAUGAAUAUGAAUGAAAGUUUUCUAUUUAAUCUCA